AUGAAUCCAACCUCUGCCAUCGAAGAUUUGGAAGCAGCUCACACCUCUCAGACUGACGCUGAGCAGCAUGUUGAAUCCCUUAAUGUCCCCUUGCCAGAUGAUAACGUUCUUAGGGCUGGUUAUUUUUCAUUAUGGGUGGUAAAGAUCUAUCUUACCCCCAUCGUCCUGAUGGGAGUGGAAAUAGUCGCCGUCCUGAUCUUAGUUAAGGGAGAGUUCCAGCCAGAAAGGACGGGGAAAUUUGGUUGUUGGGUGGACAUGACCGUCGAUCGUGUAAAAUACUCAUUCAACGAAACCAUGAGUGCUCUACAUCUACGGGUAAAAAGAAUCGGGCUGACGACCACCUACGCCCGUAUUGUGGAUAACGGGACUGCAGACAAGAUUGACAAAGGCAAUGGUAAUGCAAUAACUGCACAAGUGAAAUGA